AUGGCCUCAACCACCCCCUCCCAGGCCACCUCCUUCACAACCAUCGCCCUCGCCUCAACAGGUGUCAUCCUCACCGCCUCUCUCGCCUACGCCUUCUACUUCGACCAAAAGCGACGCUCCGACCCUGAGUUCCGCAAGAACCUCAAAAAGCAACACAAGAAGAUCUCGCGCCAGGACCAAGAAGCCAGCAAGGCCGCCGAGCGCUCGCAGAAGGACCGGAUCAGGAAGAGCGUCGACGAGGCCAACGAGGAGGGCUUUCCGAAGGACCCGGAGGAGACCGAGUCGUAUUUCAUGCAGGAGGUCGCGAGAGGGGAGGGCAUGUGCAGCGAUGGCAGUGAUCCGGUGGAGGCGGCGUUGUGCUUCUACAGGGCGCUGAAGGUGUACCCGCAGCCGAGGGAGUUGAUUGGGAUUUACGAUAAGACGGUGCCGAAGCCUAUCUUGGACAUUCUCGCGGAGAUGAUCGCGGUCGACCCGAGCAUAUCUGUUACUGGAUCUCGCGCUGGCUCGGACGCAGGAUCUGACAAGGUCGAGUAA